AUGACUGAUUAGACUCCAAAUGAUUUUCAUUCUGAACUGGAAUCCUCUCCUCUAAACCUUCGUCAAUCCAACAUGAUUCUGUUUUAGCCUUACAGUCCUAUUUUAUUUCGUGCUCACCUAAGUCCUAAUAACAUGGUCUUGCAAGAUUAUUACAUUGCAUAACCCAUACAAAAUGGAGAUGAUAUUUUUCCUUUUGAUCAAUAACCAUUAUAAAAAAUGUUUGAUCUGUAAACAUCAAAUAAUCAAUCUCCCCAAUUAAAAUAAGUUGUGAUCAAAUAAUCACAAAAUAAGUAAUAGGGAUUUUAAAUUGUUUAAAUUAACACUACAGAAAUGACACCAUAGAAACGCAGAAGUGAAUAAACAAGGAGAUAUUAUUCUGAGAAGAAUGAAAAAAAGUCAAUAAAUUUAGCAUUUUAUUAAGAUUAGACGCCUUAAAGAAGUUAGAAAGGACUACGUAAUUUGAGUGUCAAAGUGAGAGAUAUAGUAUUGGAAUUGAAAUCCACAUCUUAUAAGGAUGUUGCAUAAAGAUUGAUAUAAGAUUUAGGUUCUGAUGGAUAAAUAGUUGAAUUAGAUAAUCCUAAAGAUGAAUAAAAUAUCAAAAGAAGAGUUUAUGAUGCUUUAAAUGUUAUGAUCGCUUCAAAGGUGUUAAGGAAGGAUGGUAAACGAGUCAUUUCUGAUGUCUCUUGCAAACACAGGAUGAGAAGAAAUGAAACUGACAUGUUUAAAGAGCAGUUGAUCAAUUAAAAGAACUUGAUAAAGGACAAAAAGAAAAGACUACAAGAGUUAUUCAUUAAAGUUGUUGCUCUAAAGAAUCUAGUCCACAGAAACUAGAACAACUAGAGUGAAAACAAGAUGAUGUUUCCGAUUCUGGCAUUUUAAGCUUAAUAGUCAUAAAAUUUAAACUUAAAAUGGAAUCCAAAGUAUUUAAAAAUUAUGAGUUAAUAAAAACUAAAAUUGUCUGCUGAUUUAGAUAUAUUAGUUUAACUCAAAAUGUACAAAUUAUAUAAAAAUAUGGAUGAAUUCAUGCCCAAAAACUUAAUUGAAAUAGUGUAAAUAAAUGAUCUCUGCUCCUGA